AUGGGUAGCGCCUCAUCCCCAGAAGAUUGCAGAGAGCUGGGGGGUGGUCCGCUUAGUAGCCUUUGUGCCAGGUUGGUUGAGAAAGCAGACAGAGAUCCCGGAGAGGGUCAAGGGCCAGGUCAUGGGCCCAUAGUAACCAGGACAGCCUCUGGGCCCACCUUGGAGUUCUGGCAAGCCGUGCUGGUCGGGGAUGUGGCCUCUGUCUCCCAUCUCUUGGCCUCCCCUGGCACUGGCCUCACCCCGGAUAUUGUCUUUGACACCAGCGACCCAGAGAGAUGGAGAGAUUUCAGAUUCAACAUUCGAGCUCUGAGGCUUUGGUCUCUGACCUACGUGGAAGAGCUGACCACCCCAAUACAUGUAGCAGCUGGCCGAGGCCACGAACAAGUUCUCCAGCUGUUGCUAAAUCGAGGAGCCCAGCCAGAUGCUGCCCCUGGGGGUCGCACUGCUCUGCAUGAAGCAUGCAUCUCUGGCCAUGCACCCUGCGCCCGACUGCUGCUUGUAGCAGGAGCUGACCCAGACAUCCCAGACCAGGAUGGGAGGCGCCCUUUACACCUGUGCCAGGGGCCUGGCGCCCUCCAGUGUGCAGAGCUGCUGCUGAGGUUUGGCGCCACUGUGGAUGGUCGAUCUGAGGAAGAGGAGGAGACACCUCUCCAUGUGGCAGCCCGAGGAGGGCUGGCAGAGCUGGCUGCAUUGCUCUUGAGGAAAGGCGCUUGUCCAGAUGCCCGUGAUGCCGAAGGCCGGACCCCUCUUCUGGCUGCCUGCUCAGUGCCUCUCCUUCCCCUAGCCGAGGCGGAGGCAGCCAUCGCCAGGAGUCUUCACCUGUGCCACCUGCUUCUCUCUGCAGGUGCCGAUGCGGAUGCUGCUGAUCACGACAGGCAGCGGCCCCUGCAUCUGGCCUGUCGUCGUGGCAAUGUGGCUGUGGCUGAGCUACUCCUGUCCCAGGGGGUCAGCGUCAAUGCCAUGGACUAUGGUGGCCAUACAGCCCUGCACUGGGCCUUGCAGGGUCCAGCUGCUGCCCUGCCCUGUAGCCCAGAACAAGUAGUCCGAGCUCUACUCAAUCACGGUGCUGUCCGCAUCUGGCCUGGAGCCCUUCCCAAGGUGUUGGAACGCUGGUGUGAAUUUCCCCGGAUAAUUGAGGUUCUAAUGAAUACCUACAGUCUUGUGAAACUGCCAGGGGAUGCAGUGGACCUUAUACCCCCGGAGGUCCUGCAGAAGCAUCAAGAUUUCUACUCUUCGCUCUUCACCUUGGUGGGUCGGCCGAGAUCCUUGAAGCACCUGAGUCGCCACGCUCUCCGAUCGCACCUGGCCGGUUGCUUGUCCCAGGCACUGCCCUGGUUACCCCUGCCUCCUUGCCUCCUUCGCUACCUACAGUUGGAUUUUGAGGACAUUCUCUAUUAG